GGUUACACAAUAGUUCCUUCGUGAACGAGAAAAAUCGGAGAAAUUAGCAAUAGACUGAGUUUGCCUGUCACUAGAGGAGGAUUCCAGGAUGAAAUUAUACGCAUUAAGUGUUGUUCGUAAAGAUAUUAAGUCAAAAGCAUUAGUUUCAGCAUACGAUCUUCAAUCCUUUGGAUAUUUUCAGCGUUCAAGUGUGAAAGAAUUUAUGCAGUUUACUGGCCAAAUACUUGUGGAAAGAACAAGAACUAACGAGAGAGCCUCGGUGAAAGAAAAUGAGUACAUUUGUCACGUCUUUGUGAGAUCAGAUUCUCUUGGAGGAGUUAUUAUUUCUGACAAUGAAUAUCCACAAAGAGUUGUUUUUACCUUGUUAAAUAAAGUUUUAGAAGACUUUUCUCAGAAAAUAUCCCCAUCAGUUUGGAAAACAGCUGAACCAAAUACAAUAGUCUGGCCAGAAUGUGAGAAAUAUUUGCAAGAUUAUCAGAAUCCAAGAGAAGCUGAUGCUAUGACUAAAGUACAGGCAGAACUGGAUGAAACAAAGAUAGUUUUACACAACACAAUUGAAGCUGUGCUAGAGAGAGGAGAGAAACUUGAUGAUCUUGUAGAAAAAUCUGAAGGACUAACCAUGCAGUCAAAAGCCUUCUACAAAACAGCAAAGAAGACAAAUUCAUGUUGCAGUAUACAAUGAAUAACAACAAGGAAUUGUCACAGAGGAUUAUUAUUUUUGUACAUAGAUAGUGUUCUAGGACUUCUGGGACUGAACAGAAAUUGUUUCAAGGGAGAAAUGUGUAGCUAUUAAUUGAAAACCUUCACUAGAGUUUAGGUCAUCAGAAACUCAGCAAAGCAUUGACCAUGUGAUUGCCUCACUCCUCCUUCCCACUCACCUCCACCCUCUUGACAAACAGUAAGGCAAUUAUCAUUUAAAGAAAAACAAUACAGACUUGAAAGAAAUGUGUAUAUUUCAGCCGUGCUAUAUGCAAUACCACAACUUAUUUUGUAAAUCUCAGUGUUUCCAAAAGUAGUAAUGGGAUAAUGGGAGAAUAAAUAAAGUUCAAGUUGUUAUGUACAACUAAAGUAUGAACACAA